UGCCAUGGCGUCCGGGCUGCUGCGGCUGCUGUCGCGUGGGCCUCGCUGCCUCCUGGCUCCGGCCGCCCCCCGAGCCGCCCCGCCGGCGCGGGGAGUGAAGAAGGGGCUGCGCGCCGCCCUCCGCUUUCAGAAGGAGCUGGAGCGGUGGCGCCUGCUCCGGAACCCGCCGCCGCCGGUGCGCCGUUCAGAGAAGCCCAACUGGGAUUACCACGCCGAAAUACAAGCAUUUGGACAUCGGUUGCAGGAAACAUUUUCCUUAGAUCUUCUCAAAAGGGCAUUUGUUAAUAGCUGCUAUAUUAAAAGUGAGGAGGCCAAGCGGCAAAAGCUUGGACUAGAGAAAGAAACUGUUCUUCUGAAUCUGAAAGAUAAUCGUGAACUAUCUGAACAAGGGACAGCUUUUUCACAAACUUGCCUCACACAGUUUUUCAAGGACGCAUUCCCAGACUUACCCACCGAAGGCGUUCAAAGCCUAGUUGACUUUCUCAUGGGUGAGGAAGUCGUGUGUCAUGUGGCUAGAAAUCUGGCCGUGGAGCAGUUAACGCUGAGUGCGGAAUUUCCAGUCCCGCCACCGGUGUUGCAGCAGACCUUCUUGGCGGUGGUGGGGGCCCUGCUGCAGAGCAGUGGAGCUGAGAGGGCUGCGCUUUUCCUCCGGGACUUCUUAAUUACUCAAAUGACUGGAAAAGAGCUCUUUGAAAUGUGGCAGAUAAUAAAUCCCAUGGGACUUCUGGUGGAAGAAUUGAAGAAAAGGAAGAUUUCAGCUCCUGAAUCUAGACUUACUCGGCAGUCUGGAAGCACCACAGCUUUGCCUUUGUAUUUUGUUGGCCUAUACUGUGAUAAAAAGUUGAUUGCAGAAGCACCUGGGGAAACUGUCCUGGUCGCAGAAGAAGAAGCUGCUCGAGUGGCACUUCGGAAACUGUAUGGCUUUGCUGAGAACAGGCGGCCCUGGGACUAUUCCAAACCCAAAGAGAAUCUGAGAGCAAAGGAGACCAUCACAGCUCAAGCUGCAGCCACCUGAGAUGUGUGAGCAGAACAGGGAAUGAAAUGCCCCUGACGUUCACAGCUGGCGUUUCUGAAAUUGUACUGGGUUCCUAAAAUUAAACACUUACCCAUCAGGCCACAGUUUGUUUGCCUUUUUCUUUUUAAUUCCUGUUUGGUCAAAGUUUUUCGACAUUUCUGAAGAAAAUUUUUGCAAAAUCCUUGAUGUUAUAUUGUAUAUAACUUGUACAGUUAGGUGUACUUAAUCCCCUCUAGCUUUGAGGGGUCGUUAUUUGAAUAUAUGCUGCGUGUGAACUUUGCUAUAAUACUAAUAAAAAACUUACUCUUGUAACGGUUACACUGAUCUUUAAUUGGAC